UCUUUUCAACCAGAUUUUUUUCCAUUUGUAUUUGGUUCCUUUCAACCAACCAUCUACCAACCAGCAGUACCUGGCUUAUUGCAACUAGCUACUCAACCAACUGGGACUGGCUUGUUUCAACCAUUUACUGAACCAAAUACAACCCCAAACAUGUUUCAGCCUGUGACUCCGGCACUAACCUUAAGUGGAUCGUUACCUCAAACCAGUAUUUGGCCCUGGAAUCCUGCACCAAAUCUACCUCUAUCACCUGUCACUGGAAUCGAGUUUCCGAAACAAACGCUUCUGACGAGCCUUAAUCCACGCACUGGACGACUAGAUAUGACCCAACAACUCGGCCUAUUCCCGCAACCGAUCAAGAUGGAUCAGUUUCAACUGCAACAUCCAUAUGUCCUGCUGCAACCAAUGAACUCAGUACAAAAUAUUCAGACCAAGUUAACAAAUCCUACCAAACAGCUAAUCCUACCUGAACCUAGUUUUCCCCUAACCACAGCUGAUCUAUUUGAACCGAAAACCCCAUCUGAUUCAACACUGACAGUAGUCAAUGCAACAGCACUUACCCCUUCUAACCCUGUACACCCUUCUUUAACUAACCCAUUUCAACCUGACACUGUAUUAAUCAAUUCGUUGCAAACACAGACCCAACUUGGUCAAGUGCAACCAAUUAACCCAAACGACAAAGGUCAUACAAGACUAGCAUCUGACCCCAGGCCGACAAUGAACACACCAAAUCCUAGUAAACCGCAGGCCCCACUUGACAGUGUAAUGCCCUCCCCGACAGAAAGUCAGUUUCAGCCAGCAAACCCGCCUUACCAAGGCUUUACGACGGUCAAAGAAGGCAAAUUGCAAUCCCAAACUACAAAUGGCCAAAGAGGAACUGUUCAACCAAAAACUACACUUGACGCUAAUGUGCAAUGGACGCCAUUCGACCCAGUGUACGCACAAACCAAAUCAGAUUCUUUGCCACCAAUAAGUCAGGAUCAUAUCUCAUCUGAUCCAUUAUUGUCACACAACGCUAUAGACCUUAGUCAUCCACCAAGCCCAUCUCUCAAGGGGAAACCUAUAAUGCAAGAAAACAAAAUUCCGUUGCCACACUAUAAGGAAAGUAUGACUACCGUGGACAGUUUGAUACAUCAGAUCACGUUAAAUCAAAUUGAGCCAUUACAUCCUCAAUUACAUUCUGACCCAUUAUUACAUCUAACUAAGGCUGCCCCAAGUCAAAUACAAGAGGCAUCAGGGCGGCCGCAGCCUAGUUCUUCAAAAGAAGGUCAGUCGCAAAUCAUUUCUGACUCCAGACAGAUGUUGACUACAAAUCAGCUGCAACCACAAAACCCUUUUGAUAGUUUGUCUGGCAUGUCCAUAGCGGACCCAAGUCUACCACAAAGUCCAUCUGAUUCAAUCAUGUCCAUACCCCCAUUAAAUCAACUUCAACGGCUAGACCCAUCUGACCCCUGGUUGACUAUCACAUAUGAAGCACAAAACCCAGCAAAACGCAAGCAACAGCUCAAUUAUUUGGACCCUACGCUCCCUGUGACCAAUUUAGAACCACUAAAGCCUAUUAUCACAUCUGACCCUGGACCACUAGCAACCAUGGCAGGAUCACACCAGCCAUCAAACACGUCUGACACGUCUUCAUCUAUGAACUCAAUCAACCAAGCUCUUACGCAAAUCGCAUCUGAACCUGGACCAAAUAUGACUACGUCGAACACACAAGAUCCCCUUUCACCUGUGCCAGACUUGACCAUAACAUAUCCGAGCCAAGUACAAAACCCGUCAGCACCUACGAACUCGAACAAUCCACAAAUCCCCGGUGACUGGCUAACUGCACUUAAUAGACGAACACCACAAUAUUGGAUCAAUCAAAUACCAACUACACACUCUAAUGCUCCACAAGGAAUCCAGAGCGGCCCUGUAUAGUCAAACUCUAUUACAUUGAUGGGAAACAAGUGGAAGAACCUUUGCAUAAUCCCACAACCGUUCAUUACCAUAAGUAUGUACUGUUCAAUAGUGUAUUGUGGAUUAUCGUCAAUCUGGGCAGUAAUAAAUACGUGUAAUAAAUGUGUAAUGUAUUGGCAUAUCCCUAUUUGUAAAACAAAUCUAAUUUUCAGUGUAAUAAAACUUGUU